AUGGCGGGAACAGGGGACCCGGAUGGAGGAGGAGGCUCGACGAAGAGCCCUCAGGAGUUGAAGAGCGAAGUGUCCAGGAUUUUCGAGAUGAUCGCUAAAGAAGACGAGUGUAAGUUGGAGACGGUCGACGAAGCUAUCAGGGCUCUGCAACUCUACGCGGACUCGAAGUGGAAGACGCUGGGGAAGAGGCCUCGCGUCCAGCAGGGAAUCCCUGAAGAGUUCCUCUGUCCCAUUUCGAAGAGUGUGAUGGUGGACCCAGUUGUUUUGGAGAAUGGACAGACAUUCAAUCGCCUUCCUAUUCAGGACUGGCUGAAUGAGGGCCACAGGAGAUGCCCUCUAACCCUGCAAUUCCUUCGCGACACUAGACUUACUCCAAAUCUUUUGGCCCGGAGAUUAAUUGUAAAAUGUUGCAAGGAGCAAGGAAUUAAGUUACCGAACUUGAUGGAAGAUGAAGGGAAGAUAGCUGGUGACUGCGACAGAGAUUAUUUUGAAUCACUCCUUGACAGAUUGUCCCCCUCCCUGAAUGAUCAGAAAGUGGCUGCCAAAGAAUUACGAGAUCUGACCAACAGACAAGCCUCAGUUCGUGCCUUUUUUGGGGAAUCUGCGGGGGCCUUCCAAAAGUUGCUAAACCCACUUUCCCCGAACAAGGUGGUAGAUAAUCCUGAUCUUGAAGAGGAUUUGACUGCCAUAGUUUUGAAUCUCUCAAUCAUCGAGCGCAACAAGGAGCUAAUGGAGGACAAUCCAUUUGUCAUAUCGUUCCUCGUUGGGUCACUAAACUCCAGGACACCUCGAACAAGAAGUAUUGCUGCCGCAGCUCUGUCUGAAUUAUCAAUCCUCAAAUCGAAUUGGCGUUUGAUUGGAGAAGCAGGAGCAAUCGGUCCUCUGAUCAAUGUCAUUGGAGAAGGGAACAUUGUAGCUAUCGUCAACGCCUCUUCUGCUCUGUACAAACUGUUACAUCUUGCUGAGAACAUGAAGAAUGCCACUCAGGCACGAGCCCCCAGUGUGAUACUUCAGAGGAUAGUGAAACGGAUCUGUGUGGAUGAAAUGAUGGGUCUUCUUGCGUUAUUGUCUCGCGACCUAGAUGCUGUUGAUGAGUUGAUAAACUUUGAUGCUGUUCCUCUCUUGCUCAAGGUAUUAGGGGAAGACAGACCCGGACAAUGCAAGGAGAAUUGUGUGGCUAUUCUGGACAAGAUCUGUUCUUAUGAUCCAAACACUGUAAAGCGAAUUAGGAACGACGAGGAUGCCUGUGGUCUGCUCUUGGCACUAAGUGCGAGCAGUACGGCAACUGCGAGGGCUCAGAGGAAGACCGCUUCCAUUGUCAAGAAAAUCAUGGAAGUAGCAUCACAGAGUGAUUAG